AUGGCUGAGUCUGAAGAGGAGGUGGAUGUCUUGGUUCAAAGAGUUAUGAAAGAUAUCAAUAACGCGUUUAAAAGAAAUCCCAACAUCGACGAGAUCGGGCUGAUUCCAUGUCCAGAGGCCCGCUACAACAGGAGCCCGAUCGUGCUGGUGGACAACAAGCUGGGCGUGGAGAGCUGGUGCGUCAAGUUCCUGUUGCCCUACGUGCACAACAAGCUGCUGCUCUACCGGCAGAGGAAGCAGUGGCUCGACAGGGAAGCGCUUAUAGAUGUCACCUGCACGUUGCUGCUGCUCAAUCCAGAUUUCACCACUGCUUGGAAUGUCAGGAAAGAGCUUCUCCAGUGUGGUGUCCUGUCUGCGGAGAAGGACCUCUAUCUGGGCAAGCUCGCGCUGACCAAGUUCCCCAAGAGCCCAGAGACAUGGAUACACAGACGCUGGGUGCUGCAGCGGAUGCAGAGAGACAUCUGUCCCGGCGUCGGCGAGCGGAAGGAGCAGGUGGAUGGAGAGGGAGGCGGUGACCAUAGAGACGGUGGCCAUAGAGACGGUGACCGGGGCGACAGUGCGGAGGACCCGCUGCGCAGCGAGCGGCUGCGAAGGCUCCUGCAGGAGGAGAUGCGUGUCUGCGCAGACGCGGCCGGACGUUACCCCAGCAACUACAACGCCUGGUCCCACCGCAUCUGGGUACUGCAUCACCUGGCAAAAGGAAAUCUGAAGAUCCUGCACGAUGAGCUGUCCUCCAUGAGGCUGUGGGUGUCCAUGCACGUGUCGGACCACAGUGGCUUCCACUACCGCCAGUUCCUGCUCCGGGCCCUGGUCCGGGAGCUCAGCCAUCACCAGAACCAGAGCCAGAGCCAGAGCUCCAGCCACCAGACCCAGACCCAGACCCAGCAGCAGCAGUCCCCCAGCUCCCCACGCUCCUCCUCUACCCCGUCGGCUACAGCUCCCUCCUCCUCCCCCUCCUCACCGCCACCUCCACACCGCUCCCCGGCCGGCUCGCCCACGCAGCCCAACGGUGAGGCCUCCACCCUGGGCAGUGAGGGCCUCGGCGGCCCCUUGACCUCCGCUGCCAUCUCGGAACUCUUCCAGGACGAGAUGGAGCUCUGCACCGACCUGAUCGAGGCGUACCCCGGCCACGAGACUCUGUGGUGUCACAGGCGGCAUGUGUUCUACCUGUGGCACCAGUGGAGGCAGGAGUGUGAUCUCAGCAGCAGCAGCAGUAGCAGCGCUCAGGCCAACGGUAGCAGCAGCAGCUCCCCUCAUCUCCUCAACCAUGCUCUGGUGGAGCCUCCAGCAGCAACAGCAUCACCAGUACCGGCCCACUCACGGCUCAAAUGUGGCCCAGACUCGGAAAUGGCAGCCAACGGCCAGCCUAUGGACAUGGAGGUGGAUGGAGAAGAAGAGGAGGAGGAGGAGGAGGAGGAGGCAGCGGAGAGGGAGUCCACCACGGCGGCAGAUGUGUGCCCACUCUCAGACAACAUCCAGCAGCAGCAGCAGAGUAGCUGUAGUGGUGGUAGCGGUGGAGCUGGUGGGGUCAGUGGCAGUAGUAGUAGCAGCAUCAAUGCCACCACCAGCAGCAGCAGCAGCAGUGGAGGCUGCUACAUGCGGGACACCAAGCGACUGAAGCGGGGGCCCGCGCCGGCCUGCCCGCCCCCCAGCCUGGCCGCGGAGGAGGCCUUCGUCAGCAGCGUGCUCUCCUCCUGUCGCAGCCCAGAGCAGCGGCGCUUUGCUGCCUCCUACAGGAAGUGGCUGGCAUCUGUCAUAGGUCACUGAUAAAAAGUCAAAGACUGACUCUACAACAACCAACUCACCAAAAACCAACGAAGAAGAAGUGGAAGAGGAAGCUUGCAGGUCGGGGGGGGGGGGGUAUUACUGACUGUGAAACGCUCUGGAAAUCCCAGAGGGCCGUGCGGCACGGGUGGGAACCCCACCCACUCACAUGCAGCCAAGCUUCCUCUUCUACAUGCGAGAUGUGUGGGAGAGGUGUGGGGAAAGAGAGGGGGUUCUCUCGGAGUGUUUAGUUCUCUGUCAGAGCCGGGUCAUCUUCCAAUAUGUUACACGAAGUUUGUAACAAAACGCAACCUGGACAUUUUUUUUGGUUUGAUUAUUUUUUUAUUUUUAAAUUAAAAGCUAUACAAGUUUAGGGUCUAUUACCUUUUUCUUCUUCUUAAUGAAUACCCAUGCCCCCCCCUAUCUACUUAUUUAUUUUGUCUUUUUUCCCCGGUUCCUCUUUCCUAUUCGUUUUGAAAUGAUCAUCUCACAGGUCAGAAGUGGUGUGUGCCUCCCCCAGUUUCGGUGCUGUUAAUCUCAGGUCUGUUUCAGAGUAACACAGUGUUUCUUUUAUUUUGUCUUUUUUUUUUUUUUUAAGUUGUCGUCAUGAUUUUUUUUUCUCACACUCUCCGUUAUUGGGGCUUUUUCAUUGAAGCAUUUCAAAAUAAUAUCAUCAUCCUCAUUAUUAUUAUUUAUCAUCAUCGUCAGCCAACACAUGAAUUACUUUUAUGUCUUCCAUUUACUACUGUUGGGGAAUAAAGACGAAAAAAAAGCAAAGGAAUAUUGUCGCAGACUCCUUUCGAUGCUGCCGUCUGGUUUAGCUCCCGAUACCCUGAUGCUGAAUUGGAGAAGACUGAAGUGCUUCGUAGCGCUACUUUUGGCUUUCAGGCAGCGUCCUCAGCUGAGACAUGAACAAAACAUUCUGACAUUCUGCCACUGUCGGGAUCUAGUAAGCACAAUCGGAUUAGACUGUGACGUGUAGUAGUCUGUCAAACACAAAGACACACAGGAAAAGGUAUGGAAGAAAAAUAGCUUAGCUUUAGAAACGCCCAGCAGAGAAAAUGUUGUCGACUUCAAUUGUUCUUCUGUUGGUUCUGUUCUGUUGGUAGGCAUCUUUUUUUCCUGAGUGGCAUUGCAUUUUUGGACAGCUGUCCUAAUAGCGAUUGUAGCAGAAUGAGAGUGAGAGAGACAAACAGAGAGAGAGAGAGAGAGAGAGAGAGACAGAGUUCUGUCAGUGCAUAGGCCUACACCUUAGCGCAUAGCAAUGUCUAAAGUGUCAGGACUGUUCUGCUUUCAGCCCUCCUUCUUGUCCCUUCAUCUCUUGUAGUCAGAGGUGCUGCUCCUGGGCUGCAUUUAGGAUCAUCCAGAACUCCAGAACAUCCUUGGGCCCAUAGAUGACUUUGAUAUAUUUGAGGUGGGGGUCCCAUAAUGAUAAUAAUAUGAUAAUAAUAAUUUCUCGCGGUUUUGCCUUUCAUCCCUUUCCCUCGGU